CACAUCACGAUUAUGGUCCAACAAAUUUUACUUUCACUACACGACUAUGAACUGACCUAUUAACAAAAUAAAGUACGUUUCCUGUACAAAUUAUUUUAUUUCAAAUACGUUAAGUAUAAUAAUUUUAUCAGAAACAUAAUCACAAUGGAUGACAAUCCAAGAAAAUUCCGCGACAAAAUUAAACUUCUUAAUCAAAAGCAGGCUGAGGAUACUGCUUCAUUUGAAGAAAUAAUGAAGGAAAUUAAAGAGACAGCGCCACGAACCUCGGGCUGCCAAAUAACACCGAAAUUGGAGGAGGAAGACCUGCUCCAAGUCACAAGUCGCAAUAUUAACUACAGCAGUUUGCCAAAUAUUCAUUCCCUGUUAUCCGAACCAGGUGAGAGAUGUAGUAAAAUAGGGUCUCGUCGUGACACUGGACCCGUUAUACGCAAUUCGCGAUCCAUAAAAAGGGAUCACGCACCAUAUUACUGUGGAUCCAACAGAAUUACUAAAAAUUCAUGCAAUAGUUUAUCACCUCCACGUCAUCCUUCAUUAGCACGCACCAAGUCAGAUUCUGCUCUUCAUAGCUCCAGUUCAGUUACAGAACCCGGGAUCCCUCCGCACGCCAGCAAUGAAUUAAUCAAUAACUACAAUGAAAACCAUUACUAUCGUUCUGGUUUUGAAGGGCAAGCUAAUUUUCGAAAUGAUUUCUGUACAAUAAUUCCUAGCAAUAAAACGAUGCAGAAUAAUUUUCCCUUCCAAACUACACCAAGAAUUCCGACAACAUUGGAUCAUCUCGUCGAUUUUAGAUUAGAGUUUCCUCCAUACCAUGAAAAUAACAACUCACCAUCAUACUCUACCAGGCCUUCCUCUUUCACCAACUCUCAAACUAGUGGAUCACCAAAACUCCCAUCUCCAGAUAUAAACCAUGUGUACGACCUAUUCCUCCAGGCUCAACAUCAGCAUCAACAACAACAAUUGACAAAACUUCAUAGUCAAUCCCAGGUGCAACACUGGUUUGAAAAUACAACUAACCCAGCAUCCCAGUUUGCUGAUAAUCAAAUGAUGGCAGCAUAUCCCCCUCUGUCAAAUAUCGAAUAUCCAAGAACGUUAGGGCGUCAAUUGUCGAUCCCUUCAAGUUUAGUCGUACACCAACAAAUUCAGGAUUCGCCAGAAUUUUAUUACGUCCACCAAAGAACAAAUGAGGUACAACAGAGUUUGGAGCGGAUAUCAAUGAAUGAUAUCACGGGUUCAGCCACUACCACAAUGUCCCCUGGCAUACCCAAUAUUGUAUUCACUGAUUUUUCCGAAGUUUUAGAAGCACAGCCUUCCAGCGAGAUGGAAUCCAUAAUAGGACAAACCAAUUUGAUGAAGGACAACCUUCACUCAUUCGAUAUUGAUGGUUUCAAUUUUGAUGACCUUGAGCAUCAAAAUAUUAUGUCACCCAAUUCUUGAUAAAAAACGUUCUGGAAUAGUCUAUUCGCAAGUUUGGAAUCCAUAUCAAUUUCAAAAAUUAUGCCAGUAAUAAGAUUCCUCACCCCAACCUGCUUCUCGACAUCUUGAAUUUUCUAGAAAUUUGCCUCAAAGACGAUUUCACUCCAACUAAUUUGAGAAUCUUUUAAUAUAUAAACAUAUUCCAAUAUAAAUGUUUUUGAUAUAUCUUUGAAAAUAGUAUACAAAUGGUGAAAAUUCCAAAUAAAAAUA